ACUUUUCCCGGCGUUCCGCGUGAUUGUCCGGUCACUAUCCAGAGUACGUGGCAGCGAGGAUAACCUUGCACCGAUAUCUAGAUGUUCCUCAUCGUCAACCAUGCCAAGAAAACAUAAAGCUAAACACAUGGCGCAUGAAGGGCCUGCUAUUCACACUCGACACCCGCCUCCAGGACUCAAAGGGAAAGCGAUUGGUCUCUGGUAUGCUGCCCACUCCAAGGCCAAAUCUGGAAAACUACCUACUGACUCUGGACAUACCCGACCGUCCCGGUAUGCCUCAAAAUCAUGGAGUGUCGUCAUUUUCGUCCAUCAACACCGGUGUAGCUCGUCAUCCAUAUAUUUUACCUACUCAAAAGUCGCAAUCAGCUGCUAUUUGCUUGGAUGUGAGCCAUCGUUUUUUACUGAUUUUCUUUUUGUUUUUAUUGGGAAUGUAUACGUAUUCCUCGACACACACGCAUCAGAGUUAGA